UCUCUCUCUCACUAUCCGUUGAACUCAAACGGCUCUGUCUCUUUCUCUCUCUCUCUCCUCUUUCUCUUUCCGUCGACAAUUUUGUGUAUAACAUGAGCCUCGAGUGGUGUAUUCGAUUUCUCCGGUUAUGAAUCCCACCCACAACAACCCAGUCGCAGCAGCUCCAUCAGUACCCUCAGCCCUAGCUCCGCCGCAGCCUCACCGUCCUUCCACCUCCUGCGAUCGUCACCCGGAGGAGCGUUUCACCGGAUUCUGCCCCUCUUGCCUCUUCGACCGUCUCUCCGUUCUAGACAUCCACAGCACCGUCGCCUCCUCUUCCAGAAAACCGCCGUCGUCCUCCUCCGCCGCGGCUCUCAGAUCAAUCUUCAAACCGUCGUCUUCUUCCUCCUCCGUGUCGUCUCUGUUCCCUGAACUUCGGAGGACGAAAUCGUUCUCGGCAAGAAAGAACGAAGCUUUGUUCUCUUCGGGGGGCUUUGAGCCGCAGAGGAGAUCCUGCGAUGUUAGGGUGAGGAACACUCUCUGGUCUCUGUUCAACGAAGAUAGUAUAAAGGAGGGAGCUUUAACGGUAACGGAGGGAACUUUAACGGUAAAGGAAGGGACUUUAAGAGCUAAUCGCGAGAUUGGUCUCGAAACUAGAAAGCCCAUUAAUUGUGGGAAUCUCAAGGAACAGAGGAGUGUAAUCGACGAGAUCGUUGAAGAAGAAGAAGAGGAGACAGAGAAGGAGAAGGAGCACACUGAGAUGAUGAAUCCUCCUCAGACGACUACGACGACGACGAAGAAACCCACCAGGAGCUUCUGGUCCGCGGCGUCGGUUCUCAGCAAGAAACUGCAGAAAUGGAGACAGAAGCAGAAGCUUAAGAAGCACCGGAGCGGAGCGGCUUUACCGGUGGAGAAGUCGGCUGUGAGGCAGCUCAGGGAUACUCAGUCGGAAGUUGCGGAGUACGGCUACGGACGGAGAUCGUGCGACACGGAUCCGAGAUUCUCGAUCGACGCCGGAAGGUUCUCGCUUGACGCCGGUAGGGUUUCUGUAGACGACCCUCGUUACUCUUUCGACGAGCCGCGCGCUUCUUUUGACGGGUAUAUGAUCGGGAGAACGGCGGCGGCGGCUCCGCCGCGAGUGCCGUCAAUGUUGGCCGUUGUGGAAGAUUCUCCGGUUAGGAAUCAAGUUCCGGUGGAAGAGCCGCCACCACCACAACCACCGCGAACACCACCGGAGAGUGUUGUUGUCCCUGGUGGAUCUGAACAGACUCGAGAGUACUACAACGACUCGUCUUCACGACGGAGGAAGAGUCUGGACCGUUCUAGCUCCACUAGAAAGUUAUCAGCUUCAAUCAUCUCUGAGAUCGAUGAGCUAAAGCUGUCGGGUUCAAACACUACUAAAGUGUCUCCUCCUCGAGACAGAGAGGUAAAGGACUCGACUUUACAUUCGCGUUCGCAUUCGAGUUCGCUUAGGGGAGAUUGCUCGGUUGAGAACGUGGAGAUGGGUGGCAGAGAGAACGCAGGGACUGUGGAGUCCAGCAAGAAAGGGACGAAGAAGUCUAAGAGAUGGAGUUGGAACAUUUUUGGACUGCUUCAUAGGAAGAAUGGGAAUAAGUGUGAAGAUGAUGAAGAAGAGGAAGGAAGAAGCGGUGUUGAUAGAACGUUUUCAGGGUCGUGGAAUGUAGAAGCGACGAAUGGGUUUGAUCCCAAGAUGAUGAGGAGCAAUAGUAGUGUGAGUUGGAGAAGUUCAGCUACUGGAGGGUUUCAACGGAACAGUGUGGAUGGAUACGUUAGUGGGAAGAAGAAGAAGGUUAGUAGUAGUAGCAGUAGUGUUGGGAGAAAUGUUGAGAAUGGUAUGUUGAAGUUUAACAUAACGCCGAGUAAAGGAAGGCGAAGAGGAAGCAUGGAUUCGACGAGCCGGCCGGUUCCGGCUGCUCAUCCGCUGGCUAGAGAUGUCAUGAAUUUUUACUGACCAAAUUGUUAUGAAACUCAAAAUCUUUUGUUUAGAUGUAGUUGAAAAAUAAGUAUGGUGGUGAAUGAAGUUGUACCGAGUGAGAAUGUUCAGUCUGAUUCUUGUGUUGGAAUUUAGUUGUUUAGUUUUAGAAUUUCUUUGGCAAGGGGUGUGUAUACAUAACCUUUAGUUGAUUACAUUUUUCUUACUGGCA